GGUCCCGCUCCUCUUCGGAGUAGCCGUUAGAAGAACCCACUACUCAUCAGCCGACUGUCAUCCUGCAUUUUCUUUUCUUAAUAACAGCACAACACCCCUUUCAUUCAUCACGAAACACACCUUCAAACUCUCUCUCUCUUCUCUCUCUCUCUCUCUCUCUCUCUCUCUCUCUUCUCUCUCUGAUUCUUCACAAAAUAGAGAGCUUUAGACUCUCUCUCUCUCUGUGUCUCUGGCGUUGUCUCUUCCUCUUGCGUUCUUCUUUGUUUGUGUGUCUUUCAAACGUGAGAAGACAUGUUCACUGACGGUCUUGACGAAUCCGCCCUCAAAUGGAUCAACCAGGGUGUUAAUGGAGAUAUUGCAGAACAGUCCCCGCUUACGAAGAAAUUCAGUCUUGAUUCUAUCAGAGAUCCACCGAUUUCACCCCUUCAGAACAGGGAAUAUUUACCCCAAACCUUGCCACCACUAAAAUUCUAUUCAGGUUACCUAGGGCCACUUUAUAAUUCCAGUUUGGAUCCGAACAAUGAGGAAGAGAGCAAUGCUUCCAUAUCUGAUGACAAUGAAUCAGAUUUCUCAGCUGGUUUUGAGGAGACAUUGGCUUCUAGUGAUUCUGAUCUCCAAGAGAACCCCAGAGUGAGAAACUGUAAUGAAGAUUUGCUUGUUGUUGGACCAAGUUCAGAAGUGCCUCUUAGUGAGCCAGAGGUUAAAGCUUUGGGGGUGAAAGGGACUUGGAAGGGGAGUUUAAGAGUGGAGUUGCCUGAAAAUGCUCGGAGAUUCACAGAUGGGGACUUGGGGAUUAGGGAAUUUGUGAGGAACGUAACAGCAUCGAGUGUUGGGGACAACAUGCAAGAUGCUAUGGAUCAGUACAGUGGCCGGGACUUCCUUAAGAGAGAUCUUAAGCCCAAAACAUUAUCAGAAGCAGGAAAUCCUAGUGCACCUCCUAUGGUUGAUUCAAGAACUGGAUCUCAGAGCUUUGAGAUGGAAGCGACCACAUUGCCAGGAGCACGUGUUAUAUCAGAAACGAAAAAUGUAUACAAUGAGCUUCAUGCACAAGAUGAAACGAAUCUCUCUUGCGAUAGUAAGGAAUGUUUAACAGAUCUUGGUGCUCAGUCACAUGCAGCAAAUGAACCAUGUCCAAGAUAUAUUCCUGGAGAAGUUGAAACACAAAUGCCAUGCCGGCAACCCAGUUCAAUGGACCAACCUGCAUAUCAUGAUAUUGGUGGUCAGAGUGCUUGGCAAUUCUUUGUAGCAUAUGAUGCAUGUAUUCGUUUAUGUCUACAUGCAUGGGCUAGAGGCUGCAUGGAGGCUCCUGAAUUCCUAAGAGAUGAGUGCAUGGCGCUGCGAAAUGCAUUUGGGUUGCACAAAUUCCUGUUGCAACCUCAACAUGGAAUCCCAUGGCAAGGGGCGACAGCUGACUCUGUAAAAGAAUGUUCAGUGAAGUCCAAGAAAGUUAUUGGAAAGAUCAACGUGGAAGUGAAAAAGAUCCGCAUUAUACCUCGUCGAAAACUCCAUGCCACAUAUUCACAGUUGGGUGCAGCAUAUAUGCAAGCAGGUGCACACUAUGUUAGACAUGUUUCAGCAUUACUAAAAUCGGGCGUUAGCUCAAUAAAGACAGCAUCUUCCCGAAUGGGAUUUCCAGUGACAUCACAACAAGAAGUACUGUCAUGCUUCAUCCAAUUGAAAAAUUCAAAUGAAGAUGCACAACUAGAGCGAGGUGCUGCUAUUUGCAUGCAACCUGGAUCCGGUGUACCUCAUGUCUUUUUUCCAGAGAGUCAGGGAGAUUCUCUUUUGUUAUUGGUUCAGGAUUCUAAGGAAAAUACUCAAGGUCGAGCAACAAUUCAAGUUUCUUCUUUGACUGAUAACCCGAAUGAUAGAAUACGUUGGUGGCCAAUAUACCACGAAGAUCAGGAAUGUGUGGGGAAAGUUCAACUAUCCAUAAGCACUACAAGUACCUCUGGAGAAUUAAGCUCCAUCAAGUGUGGCACUGUUGUGGAGACUCUAGCAUAUGAUUUGGUACUGGAGGCUGCUAUGCGUUCCCAAUAUUUUCAUUCACGAAACCUGCGCUUACAUGGAGUAUGGCAAUGGUUAUUAGCCGAAUUUUCUGAUUAUUAUGGAAUUUCUGAUGCAUACACUAAGCUCAGAUAUCUUUCAUAUGUCAUGGAUGUGGCCACACCAACAAAAGAUUGUUUGGAUCUCGUGCAUGAGUUGCUUACACCUGUAAUAAAGGCUCGAGAUGAGAACAAUCUGACUCGGCAAGAGAAAAGGAUCCUAUCGGACUGUGAAGAUCAAGUGGGGCGUCUCUUGGCUGCAGUUUUCGAAAAUUAUAAAUCACUGGAUGAGCUCUCUCCUACUGGACUGGUGGAUAUGCUCGCCCCAACUUCAGACUCAGCUGCACCUGCAUUAGCCCCUGCUGUGCAGAUAUACACUCUUCUUAGUGAUAUCCUUUCACAUGAAGCACAGAUGAUUUUGAGAAAUUAUUUGCAGACAGCUGCUAGGAAGAGAUGUAAGCGUCAUAUGUUGGAAACUGAUGAGCUUAUGUCCUGCAAUACUGAUGGCUUCCUGAUGGACCCUCUAACUAUUUCGUCAGCCUACCUCAAGAUGAAAAACUUGUGUAUCAAUAUCAGCAAUGAGAUUCAGGCAGAUAUUAAAAUUCACAAUCAGCAUAUACUACCCAGCUUCAUCGAUUUGCCAAACAUAGCUGCUUCUGUUUACAGCACAGAGCUAUGCAACAAACUUGAAAGGUUUUUGGAGGCUUGCCCUCCUUCAAGCCCCUCCCCUCACGUAACUGAGCUGCUCAUUGCAACUGCAGAUUUUGAACGAGAUCUCUCAGCUUGGAGCAUUGGUUCAGUGGCUGGAGGUGUCGACUCAAAGAAUUUGUUUCAUUCAUACAUUAUGCUGUGGAUUAUGGAUAAAAAAAAUCACUUGCUUGAGCAAUGCAAAGCAGAUAAGGGCCCAUUGACCGGAAUUACAACCCAGCAUUCCACAUCCCCAUUUGUCGAGGAGAUGUAUGAGCUCAUCAGGGACACUCUUAACGAAUAUGAAGUAGUAAUCAACAGAUGGCCUCAUUACUCUCUUGUUUUAGAGAAUGCUGUUGCUGAUGUAGAGAGAGCAGUGAUGAAAGCACUGGAGAAACAGUGUUGUGAUAUUUUGGCUCCUUUGAAAGACACCAUCCCAAAAAAGCUUGGCAUGCAGAUGCAGAAACUAACAAGACGCCACUCAGUAGCUCUUUAUAUUGUUCCCAACCAAUUAGGUACUUUCCUGAAUACGGUAAAGAGAAUAUUAGAAUUGCUGCAUUGUAAAGUUGAGAGCGUGCUUAGAUCUUGGGCUUCAUAUCUGCCUGCUACUGGAGAUAAAAAGGCGGCCUUUGGGGAGCAACUCAAUGGAGUCACUGUCAUGCUGAGAACAAAAUACAAAAAUUAUUUGCAAGCCACAGUGGAAAAGCUUGUCAGCAACACAGAAGCUACCCGAACCACACAACUCAAGAGAAUACUUGAGGCAACAAAAGAGACGGAGGGUGAAGCCGAGAUUCGAGAGAGGAUGCAUCUGUUGUGCUCUCAGCUCAUGGAUACAAUACGGAACUUGCAUGAUGUCUUCUCAGGUCGCCUUUUUGUAGCCAUAUGCCGUGGGUUUUGGGAUAGGAUGGGACAGAGAGUAUUGAGCUUCCUUGAGAGCAGGAAAGAGAAUCGAAUCCGGUACAAGGGAUCUUGUUAUGCCCUUGGGAUUUUGGAUGAUACAUUUGCCUCUCAGAUGCAGAGGCUGCAAGGUAAUGCUCUGCAAGAGAAGGACCUUGAGCCUCCACGCAGUGUCAUCCAAGCACGCUCUAUUCUCUGUAAAGACACGCAAAAUACGAGUGAUCCAUCAUCCUAUUUCUAUGUUUGAAUUUCGUUGAAGCUCCAAGCCUCUUUCCUCAAAGAACCACUUCAACUUAUAGAUCAUACAAUGGCCAUUAGCCUGUGUCGCCUAUAAUAUUCUUUUGUUCCUUUGUAUAACUUGUUUCCAUGUGUAAUUUCUUCAAUGAAUAAGCUUGGCUCGAUGGCUCUCGAUAUC